CUCGGUUUAGACGUGUGAUUUAGGAACAGUGUAGCGGGGUGCUUCACGAACUGGCCACCUCUUAGCUCGCGGAUUGAUGUCCAUCGUCGGUUGUCCCAGGAUGGCUACGUCGCGUUGGUUCGCGACACUAUUGGCGGCGCUGGUCGUAGUUUCCGGGUAUCGGCCGCAUGCCGCCGAAGCGUACAAAGUUCUCGGCUUAUUUCCACACCCCGGCCAGAGCCAUUUCCAUUUCUUCGAGCCAAUACUGAAAGGGUUGGCCGCCGCCGGGCACGAGGUGACGGUCGUGAGCCAUUUCCCCGACAAAAGCCCGCCCCCGAAUUACGUGGACGUUCCGCUCGAGGGCAUGACGUCGCUGUCGGAUUCGGUUAGCUUUGAGCUUUUCGAGUACCGUCCCGGCUUUGGACACUUCAUGGAGUUCUUUAUGCUGUACACGUGGGGCAAAGAGGCUUGCGCGAACGCGCUGAAUUCGAACGCCAUCCGGACGGUCCUGGAAUCGAAGGUUCAGUACGAUCUCGUGCUGGUGGAGCAGUUCAACAGUGACUGCAUGCUGGGCGUCGCCUAUCAACUUAACGCUCCGUACAUCGGUCUAAGCAGUUGCCCAUUGAUGCCUUGGCACUACGAACGCGUUGGCAACCCACCGAUUCCGUCGUACGUUCCGGCCCUGUUCAUGGGAUAUACCGAGCGGAUGGACUUUACGCAACGGCUGGCCAACUGGAUCACGGUGCAGUCGUUCAAGGCUUUGUACAGCUGGUUCAAUGAUGCUGCUGCCAACAAGUUGCUCCGUGAGCGUUUCGGGGAAGGCACGGUGCCCGACGUUCGGGAUCUGGCGCAGCAUACGGCCAUGAUGUUCGUCAAUCAGCACUACUCACUGAGCGGGCCGAAACCCCUAAGUCCGGCCGUGCUGGAGGUAGGUGGGAUCCACAUUCAGGACUUUAAGCCGGUGGACGAGGAACUACAAAAGCUGCUGGACGGUGCCGAUCACGGUGUGAUCUACAUCAGCUGGGGAUCAAUGAUCCGGGCCGAAACGCUGCCGCCCGCCAAACGUGACGCAAUCCUGAAGGCCCUCGGAAGGUUUAAGCAGCGCAUCAUCUGGAAGUGGGAAAACGAGACCUUGCCCAACCAACCGUCGAACGUGUACAUCCGGAAGUGGCUACCGCAGCGAGAGAUUCUAUGUCAUCCCAAGGUUCGCGUCUUCAUGAGCCAUGGUGGACUGCUAGGAUCGUCGGAGGCUGCCUACUGCGGUGUCCCGGUAGUGGCCACCCCAAUGUACGGUGAUCAGUACAACAAUGCUGCGGCGCUGGCCCACCGCGGUAUGGGUGUAGUGUUGGCGUACGAAGACAUUACCGCCGAAGCGGUGUACGACGCGCUGCGAAAGAUGCUGGAACCGGUGGCCAUGGAAAAUGCCAAACGUGUUGCAUUUUCGUACCGCAACCGACCGAUGAGCCCUCUCGAAACGGCUGUUUGGUGGUGUGAGCAUGUGGCGGCCACCAGUGGUCUGGCGUUGGCGCAAUCGGCCUCCCGAGAGCUGCCGUGGUACGCGUACCAUCAGUUCGACGUGUACAUCGUGACGUUCACUUUUCUGGUGCUGUACCACGCGUGCUGGAUCUGGCUGUUCAAGCGCGUGUGCUGCCGUGGCGUGACCGGCUUCAGUGACGAAGGGAAGAAGAAAACCAGCUAAUCUGGACCCCGUCCGGAAGCCAUCCGUCGUCGUCACCGUCCAUCAUAGUUCUUUCAAUGUUACUCUCUCUCUCUCUUUGUGUUAAGCGACGCACGUGUUGGCAUUUUCAUACAGUCACCAUCGUUUUUGUUUUAUUAUGAAAAAUACAGUAAAAAGACAACGUA